AUGCAGAGGUUAGUUUUUGAAUAAAAAAAUUGUGGGAGUUUGAUUUGAAAUUAAUUAAUUUUAGUCUUCAUGAAAAAAAUUCAGGGAAGCACUUUUCAAAGUUUUUAGGAUUAGGCUUUCCCCCAUUCGGAAUGACAAAAAUAUUAUUCUUUAGUGUUGUUUUAUUAAUCAUGUAAAAUUCUGAUUGAAAAAAGAUAAAGGUGGGGUUUUCUGUGUUUUUCAUACAGUAAGCUAGUCAAAAAAUAAUAAAACAAUAUUGGAUUUUCCACGGCUUUUCCCACUUUGUUUGAAGAUUUAAUAAGUCGAAUCAUUUUUGUGCUUUUCGACAAACAGAUACAAUUUUAUUGUUUUUUUUCCUGUUGAAAAUUGAUGAAUUUUCAGAGAAGAACGUGAAUUGACUGAUCUUGAUGAACCAUCUCUUGGAGCAAUGACAUUGGUGCAACUUGAAGAAUCUAAACCGUUAACUGCCACGUGUAAGUUUUCUAUUGUAGCUAUUCAGAAUUUCUCGAAAAAUCUGAUAACUUUGAAAUAUUCAAAAAUCCAUUCAAUAUUUUAGCAACGAUUUCGUCUGGCUCGUCCUCAACAGAUGAAAAUAUUUGCAUUGCAUGUGGUUUUCAAAUAGCUGAUCAAUUUUUACUAAAGGUUUGUCUACUGUAGCUUUUCGAAAAAUCUCUACCCCUCGAUUCCAAAUUAAAAGCUUCAAUUUAAUUAAUCGCAAAAAAAUUUGACCUUUUUUUAUUUUUCACAUGACAAUGCCAUUUCUUUAUUUUUUGAGACGAAAAAGAAGGAAAAUUCCAGUCACCUGAAAAUACCUUUUUUUGUAUUUUUUGUUGUUGGGAAAAGUUUUUUGUAUGACGCAACUUGUAGGUAUAAUUCGGUUUAUUUUUUUGAACUUUUUUUUCGGAGAUUUUCUGCCGAGUUUGAGAUUUUUGGACAACUUUGGUUUUAUGAAUGUUUAAAGGGGACCAGAGGAAAAAAUAUCACGGCUGUAAUAUUUCUCCAAAUUAGGCAAUCAAAUGAUUAAUGUUUUCAAAAACUGUCAGAUUUUUUCAAACCAAUUAUAUGUAAUUUUUUCUGGAAUAUUUUAGAAAUUUCACGGUAAACUUCAUGAUAUUUGGAAUAUAUUGAUUUUCUAUAAAUGAGCUGGUUGAUUGGAACUUUUUCAUAAAAUCUAUUUCAAUUUGUAAUUUCAUGAAGCAAUUUCUGAAUUUCCUAAAAAUCAAAAUUCAAAACUCCUUUUAAAAGUUGAAAUUUUACAUACUUUUCAUAUUUCAUGUAAUUUGCUUUCAACUUCGACAGUAUGAUCGAAAUCUCCCCCAAGAGAUUUCUAAAUUUAUUUUUCAAAUUUCAUCCGACCACGGAGUUUCAGAAACCCCCCUCUCCUUUAACAAAAUCAUAACUACAGUAACCUCAAAAAUAGUUGUGUUAUGAUUCAUGAAUUCUCAAACCUUUCCUCCCAUUCUCUCUCUCUCUCGCCCAACAAUUUUUUUCCAGGUGAUGAACGAAAGUUAUCACGAGCAAUGUUUGAGAUGCACAUAUUGUCGUCAACAUCUUGGUGCCGAUCGAACUUGUUACGCAAAACAUGGAAAUGUCUAUUGUCAAAACGACCAUCAAAUGUGAGUAGUUUGCGUGUAAAGUUGAGCAAAAACCACUUGAACACCUCCAAAAAGCUCGCAUAUACAUAUGUAUUCAUUUAUUAAUAAAAAUCAUAAUAAUAAUAACAAUAAUCCAAGGCAAUCCACUUGAGGGAAAUAUUUCUAGGGGAUAGAAAGAGGAAUAAUUUUUUAUUGCUCAUGUCAGAUUAGGUUUACUUGACAUCUUGUUCACCUGCACUUCUUAUACAAGAAGCUAUGUAAUUAUUAGCAAUGAUUUUUUCUUCUAAUAAUAAUGAGAAUGAGGAUUAUACAUAAUUAGGAUUAACUUUUUUGAGGGUGAUAGGUAGGUAGGUGAAAAACACCUUGUAAUUAUGUGUGAAGAAGACAACCGGCUUGCCAGAUGCUUUGAACCUAAACCAAAAUCUCCUACAUCAACAUACUACCGUAUACAUUUUUGUUUGCUUUUCUUCUCUUUGAUUCGAUUCGAGUAUGGAGAAAAAAGAUGGACGUGUAGCUUUCGAAAUGUGUUUUUGUUUCUUUUUGGGAAACGGAAAGGAAAUGUGGAAAAAAGUAGAGAAACCUAGGGGAGAGCAUUUUCGAAAAUGAAUAUACAUAAAGUUUAGGAAAGGGUCAAAGUUUCUAGGAAAAGUUUACUGUAACUGUGUUUUUUUAAUAUUCAAAAAAAUAGUUAUUGAUGAAUUUCAGAUCUUUGAUUUGUCAAAUAUUCUGAUGUCGUGAUAAAUAAUGGAAAAAUAGGAACUGAUUUUAUUAUUUUUUCAAUUCCAAAUCUAGAAGGCACCGUUUUUUUAAAGAUUGAGAAAUAUUUUUAAUGUUUCAGAAACUAUUGAUAUUUAUUUCAAACCAUUCUUGAUCUAAAAAAUCCAAAACUUUACAAAUACUACCCAAUAAAUAGCAAAAUCAAAAUUUCAAAUAAAAUGUUAACUACAGUAUAUUUUUAUUGUUUUUCCUGAUCUCAUCUUCCUAAAUUUGAUAAUCCAUCAAUCAAAUUACCUAAUAUUAGUAACUGCUCCCUCUUUUUUUUUCAAUUAUCCAUGUCAAAAAUUGAGAUGCGCGAAAUCACAUCCGUUUUUUGUUCCCCCUGCCCUGUCUUCUUGUCAAACAACAUAAACCAUCUGCUUUUUGUUUGCAGGCUAUUCGGAAAACGAUGUCGACGAUGUGUGGAACAUUUACAACCAACUGAUAUUGUAUACAAAGUUCAUUAUUUGUUCUAUCAUUCGCAUUGUUUUUCGUGCGCUCAAUGUCAUACAACAUUCAAUAAGGUAUACACUUUUUUUUUGAAAAUUGAAAAAUGAACAAAAAAUAGCCAGAGGGCUCUUUCAAUUGCACAAAUAACGUUUUUUUCCAUAUUUCAAUAUUUUUUCUAGGGGGACGAAUAUUUUUGUUUGGAUGGUGAAAUAUUUUGUCGAAACGAUUAUCAAAACGUCUAUCAACUUCAUGCUGCAUCAGCGGAAAACAAUGCUCUUUUUGAAGAAGCGAGAUCUGAAAUCAACAGAAAGACGCCAAAAAGACCACGAACUAUUUUGAAUGCACAGCAAAGACGGCAGUUCAAAGCGGCUUUUGAGAAAAGUUCGAAACCGAGUCGGAAAGUUAGAGAGCAAUUGGCGAAGGAGACUGGAUUGAGCGUUCGGGUUGUUCAAGUUUGGUUUCAGAAUCAGCGAGCAAAGGUGAGUAAAACAAGAUCAGAACCUUUUCAGAUUGUCAUUAUUAGGAGAAAUAUUUUAAAAAAUACCAAUACAAUCUUCAAAUCAUAUUAUUCUUUUCCAGAUGAAGAAAAUGGUGCGCAAAGAAGGCGAUUCCAACUCGGAUGUCUACAAAACUGGUCCUAAUUCCGAAGGUCGAAGCACUGAAGAUAUGCGAAGUUCCGACGAUGAAGAAUCAAUAUUUAGUGAGUAAUCAAAACCAAAAAAAAAGAUGACACGGAUACCAUUCGGCAAAAUGUGUCAUAAAACAGGCCAUACAAAUGAUAGACAAUAGAUUUUUGUUUGGUACCACAAAAAAUUAAUAAAAAAAAGAGAAAAAACAAAAAAAUUAUUUUAGACCUCGACACGGACGAAAUUGAUAUGGACAAAGCACUCGGGCCUAACUUAACACCAACAUACACAAAUCCAAUUCAAAAAUUAUAUAAUAUGACGUCAUCAGCUAUUUAUUUUCCAUAUGCUUCAUAA